ACUCCAAAAGAAUAUACUGUAAUUGUACAAUCGAUUAAACUAGAAAUUGAAAAAUGGGAGGAGAAAACUCAAAUUCUGAGCAAAUAGUGGUUGAAGAAUGGGCAGGUUCUUCCCCAACUAAACUCUCAAUUACUGCCACUAUUUCUUCCACCCCAACUAUCUCAAUCCAAAGAUUUGACAGCCGCUUUAAGUUAGUGAGAAGACAAAUUCUCAGUGCCUUUGUACCUGAGGGGUUUCCUAGUAGUGUGACUCCAGAUUAUGUACCUUUUCAAAUAUGGGAUUCAUUACAGGGCCUGUCGACUUAUAUACGGAUGAUGCUUUCAACUCAAGCUCUUUUGAGUGCUAUUGGAGUUGGUGAGAAAUCUGCCACAGUUAUCGGGGCUACUUUUCAGUGGUUCUUGAGGGAUUUAACAGGAAUGCUUGGGGGCAUCUUGUUCACAUUUUAUCAGGGAUCAAAUUUAGAUAGCAAUGCAAAAAUGUGGCGUUUGGUUGCAGAUUUAUUGAAUGACCUUGGAAUGCUAAUGGAUCUUAUUUCUCCCUUAUUUCCAUCGGCAUUUGUGUUCAUUCUUUGCUUGGGAAGUCUGUCACGAUCAUUCACUGGUGUUGCUAGUGGAGCUACUAGAGCUGCUUUGACUCAACAUUUUGCUCUCCAGAAUAAUGCAGCGGAUAUAUCCGCAAAGGAAGGAAGUCAAGAGACAGUGGCAACAAUGGCUGGAAUGGUUUUGGGAAUGUGUCUGGCUCAUGUUACUAGGGGAUACUCUCUGGCAAUUUGGUUCUCAUUCUUGUCUUUAACUAUGUUUCAUAUGUACGCAAACUAUAAGGCUGUCCGUUGUCUGUCAUUGAAAGCAUUAAAUGGAGAAAGGACUUCUCUUCUUCUGCAGCAUUUCAUGAAGACUGGCCAAGUGCUUUCUGCUGAAAAGGUUUCGACGGAAGAGCAAGUUUUACCCUUGUGGUUGAAUCCAUGGAGUUCGAAAAAGUUCAAAUGUUUGCACAGUCACAUUAACUUAGGUGUGAAGGUUUCUUCUCUCAAUCAUGCAGAAAUGAUGGACCUUUUUCGCUCUGCAGGAUCAAAUUAUAAGAAAGCCAAGUGUUUACUGCUGGAGAACAAUGGGAUAAUCAGUAUUGUUUUGCAUAAAGACUCAACACCGGUGGAUAUCUUGCAGUCCUACAUACAUGCACUUGUAAUGGUCAAUCUUUCGGAUAAAAGCACAUCUGGGCAUGUUGAAAGUUUUUCAUGGAUGGACAAAUACUAUGAAGAUUUCAUCAAGAAGCUUCAGUCAUCAGGAUGGAAGACAGAAAGAUUAUUAUCGCAUUCUGUUGUUUGGAGGGCAAAUUGGUUUAUUGCACAGUCAGAUGAGAAGAUCGACUAGCAACCUGUAUACCUCUAGGCGGUUUUUCAGAGAUCACCAUCACAAAGCAAUAGGCAGUGUCACGUCUGUCAACCUUUCUCUAUGACUCUACACUCUUGAUGCUUUGGCGAAGCAAGGACUUGGUUCAAGCUUUAGCGUAGUAUUUUCAACGAAGCUAUAAAGGUCUCAAAUGAACUUUAAUUCAGUUGAAUCCUACACAUUAUGCCUGAAUAGGCGACUAAUGUGAGCUUUUUUGAGUAAUCUCUACUCUUUUAAAAGUGUGAGAGUGCUCUUAUGAAUAGUGUAUGGAUAAUUAUACCCCUAAAAAAUGUUUGUUUACAUGUUUGCCCCAUUUAUAAGUUUAAAAAGCUAUAUUUUUUCUUA